GAACGUGCUCAGGCCCGCGGCAGGGGGCGGGGUCGCGCCUCCUCCGUGGCUCUGGUUCCAGUGGAGCCUCACCGACGCGGAGAUGGAAAGCCCGAGGCUGCUCCCGCCUCGAGGGACACGACAGAGCGGCGGUGCUGGCAGCCCCGCGGGCGCCAGCCGGUUCCACGGCGGCCCUGACCCGCGGGCUGGCCAGGUCCCCGCGCGCCGCCUCCUGCUGCUCCGGGGCCCCCAAGAUGGCGGGCCCGGGAGGCGGCACGAGGAGGCCAGAGCGGCCUCACGGGGCCCGGGCCCGAGCCCGUUGGCGCCGAGGUCGGAUCACGCUGGCGGCGGCGGCGGCGGCGGCGACGGCGACGGCGAUGACUUCUUCCUGGUGUUGCUGGACCCGGCGGGUGGCGAUGUGGAGACCACGGGCGCCGGCCAGGCCGCAGGGCCUGUAUGGAGGGAGGAGGCCGAGUCGGUCCCACAGCUCCAGCAGGGUGAGAACGGCGCGAAUCCCGCGGGCCGCCAGGCGCUAGGCCCCCGCUGCCUGUCCGCAAUCCCCGCCCCAUCCCCGGCUGAAAACCCGAUCCCCGCCCCAGGCCUGGGACCCGCCGCGGCCUUCACGGGCACCGUCACCAUCCACAACCAAAACCUGCUGUUGCGCUUCGAGAACGGUGUCCUCACCCUGGCCACGCCCCCGCCGCCGGCCUGGGAGCCUGGGGUCGCGCCUGCCCCUCAGCCUGGGGGUCUGAUGGCUCCGCAAGCGGGGGUCCCGCACGCCGCGCAGCCCAGCGACUGCCCCGAGCUGCCGCCCGACCUCCUGCUGGCGGAGCCAGCUGAACCGGCGCCCGCCCCCGCGCCUGAGGAGGAGGCAGAGGGCCGAGCCGCAGCCGAGAGUCCCCGCAGGCCGCUGGGCCCAGGCCCGGGCGUGGUGCUGUACCUGUGUCCCGAGGCGCAGUGCGGACAAACCUUCGCCAAGAAGCACCAGCUGAAAGUGCACCUGCUGACUCACAGCAGCAGCCAGGGCCAGCGGCCCUUCAAGUGCCCCCUGGGCGGCUGUGGCUGGACUUUCACCACCUCCUACAAGCUCAAGAGGCACCUGCAGUCGCACGACAAACUGCGGCCCUUUGGCUGCCCUGCGGAGGGCUGUGGCAAGAGCUUCACCACGGUGUAUAACCUCAAGGCGCACAUGAAGGGCCAUGAGCAGGAGAACUCGUUCAAAUGCGAGGUGUGCGAGGAGAGCUUCCCCACUCAGGCCAAACUCAGCGCCCACCAGCGCAGCCAUUUCGAGCCUGAGAGGCCAUACCAGUGCGCGUUUUCUGGCUGCAAGAAGACGUUUAUCACAGUGAGUGCCCUGUUUUCCCAUAACCGUGCCCAUUUCAGGGAACAGGAACUCUUUUCCUGCUCUUUUCCUGGCUGCAGCAAACAGUACGACAAGGCUUGUCGCCUGAAAAUUCACCUGCGGAGCCACACCGGUGAGAGACCUUUCCUUUGUGACUUUGACGGCUGUGGCUGGAACUUCACCAGCAUGUCCAAACUCUUAAGGCACAAAAGGAAGCACGAGGAUGACCGGAGGUUCAUGUGCCCUGUGGAAGGCUGUGGGAAAUCUUUCACAAGGGCUGAGCAUCUGAAAGGCCACAGCAUAACCCACCUGGGCACAAAGCCUUUUGUGUGCCCUGUGGAAGGCUGCUGUGCCAGGUUCUCUGCUCGCAGUAGUCUCUACAUCCACUCCAAGAAACACUUACAGGACGUGGACACUUGGAAAAGCCGUUGCCCAGUCUCUACUUGUAAUAAACUCUUCACAUCCAAGCACAGCAUGAAGACCCACAUGACCAAAAGGCACAACCUCGGCCAGGAUCUCUUAGCUCAGCUAGAAGCUGCGAAUUCUCUUACGCCCAGCAGUGAACUUACCAGCCAGGGACAGAGUGAUCUCAGUGAUGCAGAGCUAGUGUCUCUCUUCUCGGAUGUGCCUGGCAGUAGUUCUGCUGCAGUGCUGGACACAGCAUUGGUGAACUCUGGAAUCUUGACUAUUGAUGUGGCUUCUGUGAGUUCAACUCUGGCAGGGAGCCUCCCUGCUAAUAGUAAUAAUUCCUUAGGGCAGGCUGUGGACCCUCGGGCCUUGAUGGCCACCAGUGACCUUCCUCAAAGUCUGGAUACCUCUCUCUUUUUUGGAACGACAGCCUCUGGUUUUCAGCAGAGUCCCUUAGAUAUGGAUGAUGUCCCAAGUCUAAGUGUGGGGCCAUUGGCAUCUCUGGGCUCUUUGGCUAUGAAAAACUCAAGUCAAGAGCCCCAAGCUUUGACCCCCAGCAGUAAGCUAACAGUGGACACAGAUGCUCUGACUCCUUCAAGCACCCUUUGUGAAAACAGUGUCUCAGAACUACUGCCGCCAACCAAAGCAGAAUGGAAUGUACAUCCUGACUCUGACUUCUUUGGACAGGAGGAAGAAACCCAGUUUGGAUUCUCCAAUCCAGCAGGAAACCAUGGUUCUCAGAAAGAAACAGAUCUUAUCACAGUGACUGGCAGCUCAUUUUUGGUAUGAACUAUUAAUUCCUUGCCACGUGGCUUAUUCUUAUGAAUUACACUCAAUUUUUAGGCUAUUCUGGACUAAAUGUUUAAUUUAUGAUCUUGACUCUGGAACUGUCAAGUUGUGUGACCCUGAGUAAGUCACUUAACCUAUCUGAGCCUUAAUUUCCUUAUUUAUAAAAUGAGGUGGUUUGAAUAGAUUGUUUCUAAGGUCUUUUAACUCUGUAUUUAAUGAUUUUGUGCUCUUUCUUGAAAAUUUUAGGAAAUCUUACCAUGAUUAACUAUUGCAUGCGCUUCUAAUGUAAUGAAAAUGCAUUGAGAGUUAAUGAUCAGAGAAUGUGGAACUGGUGUUUAACUUUAAAAUUAUAAUGGAAAUUUUACAGAAUGUCAAAAUAUUUCUAAAAUCUAGUGUUAGAGCUUAAAAAAAGAAAGCUAAAAAUAUGGGUUAGUUCUGCUUACCUCCUUAUCUUUCUAGCUUCUUCUUUUUUUUUAUGGAAGCCUGUGUUGUAGAACAUGCCAGAGCUUUGAUAUGACUCAGACCCAGAAAUAUUGAUUUGGUGGUGAAUAAGUGGCCUUAUAUAAGUCAUUUAGCAUCAGUAAGCUUCAGUUCAUUUGGUGCAUUGUAGACUUACUUCUCUAUCCUAGGAGUUAGUUUUGGGCAUAGAAUGUUAUGUGUUUUGGCAUGUUUUAGUGAAUUUUUAUCACCUCUCCUGCCCCUCUCAUUCCUUCCUUAAAGAGGAGAAAUCAGCAUAAUUAAAUAUGACGUUUGUGCAGGCAAAAAGGUUUAUGAACGUUAAGAAGCAGGAAGGGAAUAUCUUUCUUCCACAAAUUAAGAAGGAUUUUUCUCCAUACAUUUCGUCUGUAACAUUGCCCCCAGGUCCAUUAGUCUGAAUUAUAUUAUCUUUGCUCUGCAUUCAAAGCCAGCCCAUAGAGUGAAUAUAUAGAGCCUGUGAUUCCAAGAAAAUCUGAGAAUGGAUCAGAGUGACAUUUUCACCCUCUGUGUCCCAGAGAGCUCAUUGCUUGCCUUCUCCCUGAGUUGGAAUGAGAGGUUUCAUUUGCAUUUUGAGUAAAUAUUGUUUGUCUUACGUGAGUAUAGCAUUUUAUAGUUUAUGUAGCACUUUCACAACUUGUAUUUGAGCCUCACAAUAUUGUGAGAUAGUUGUGGCAAAAUUUUAACUAUAACUUAUAAUAUUAAAAAUUAAAAUUUACCUAACUCACAGUAUAAAUGAAUUUUAUAUUUAUUAUAUAUAUACAUAUAUAUCUAUCAAUUCCCAUUUUAUUCUUCUGAGUUUCAUGAUUACUUUUAUUUAUAACCACUUUUUCUGUUCCACUGUAAUUGAUGUUUGUUCCCUUCUGCCUGCUCUGCUCUUUCUCCAACCAGUUCUCUAACAUGUGCGUUUCAGUCUAUGUCAUGAUCUCUUCUUUUUAAAUUUUAAUUAGACAGGUCAUUUUCAUGGUCACCAUCUCUCAGCCAUUCCCCUCAUGGCCCAUUUUUUAGUCACAGUAUUUACUGCAAGUCUGAGUAUGCAGUACAAAAUUAUUUUCUGGAUUUAGAUGUCAGUGUGUUUCCAUAUAAAUCAAAUGAUAAUGGGGAUAUUUUUAUGUAAGGUUUUCAUAAGACAUGUUCUUUUACGUUUCUAAAUUUUUUCACCAUGUUGUUCUGCUAGCAAACACUCUUAGUUGCUCUGAAACAUUCUAACCCAUUACUGGUUGCAUGUAGAUGUGUGUGGAUGACAGUUACAGCACUUUGGUAGUGCACUUUAUAAUUUGCCACUUUGAAAUGCAACUGUACUAUCUUUCUGGUUUUUAAAUUGGUUGUGCUCAUUCAGUGAAAAAGCAAGAAGUAUAUACAUAAAUUUGUAACUCAACAAAGUGAUCAGAGUAUGAUUGUUUCUAACCAUUUAACAGUUCUGUCUCAGCACUUUGGAAAAAUUUUAAGCCCAUUUUGGAAAUGUGUUGUCAUUAGUUAAGUCCUCUUAAAUAGAUUUUUUUUUCUUUUCCUACAGAUAGGAAUAUGAGGCCUGAGGUAAACAUGCAGGUUAUAGGCAUCUGUUAAUAUAUACAACCAUAAGAAUAUUUUAAAAUUAUUUCAUUUUGUUUCUUUAAUCCCUCGAUCCUCUGUCCUACCAUUAGAUCUAUUAUAUUCUGUGGAAUUUUCUUUUUUUAAAAAAAUAUUUUAUUUAUUUAUUUGAGAGAGGGAACAAGUAGUGGGGAGGGGCAGAGGGAGAGAGAGAAAAAAAAAAAAGAGAGGGAGAGGAGCAGACUUCCUGCUGAGCAGGAAGCCCAACACAAGGCUCCAUCCCAGGACCUGGAGAUCAUGACCUGAGCUGAAGGCAGAUGCUUAAACCCACUGAGCCACCAGGAGCCCCUCUGUGGAAUUUUCAAUGGACAAAUUUUACUUUCUUGAAGCUAAAAUAUCUUGUAAUUUUUUGUGGUCUCACACAGUUUCUUUCAAUCAAUUUGUUCAAAAAAUUUCUUUUCCAAUACCAUUUUCCCAGUAUGAUGGUGACAAUGGCAUGACAUUAUAGUCAGAAGUGUGACUACAAACGUAAUGGCUACAUUUCUGUUAGUGUCGGCAUAAAUAUGCCAUUUUAAAAAAAAUAAUGGGACAUGACUCAAUGUUUUCUCAUUUGCCUCACGAUGCCUCUUAAAUCCUUGGUUUAUGAAAAUUUUGCCAAUUGAAAACAGUAACAAAAUGCUUUGCAGAAAGGUUUGCAUCCAGGGAACUCUGUUGAACAUGUUCAUCAUGAGUUAAAAUAUGUUAAUCUUGACAUUUUUAUCAUUAUUUCAUUAUAGUAUUGCACAAUUCAAAGUCUUCAGUAGAAGUGAAACUUGAUAGAAUAUGAGGAUCGCUUUUCUUUGUGGAUUAAAAAAAGACUUGGUAUAACAGGGUAUUCAUGACUAUUCUUUGAUUCCAGAUUAAACAUUGAUUAACUCCCUUUUUGGGAAUACUCAUAAUCCCUUAGUAAUUAUUGAUACCAAACAGAUCCACUUGAUGAUAAUUUAGAUGCAGUUCACUCAAAAUAUGUGCUAAUUAAAAUAUACAGCUGAACUGAAAUUUGUGUAUAUAUUGCUUUUGAACAAAAGAUUUUCUUGGCAAUUAAAAUAAAAUGUGUUGGGGACUUAGAGAACAGAUUAUCUAAACUCUUUGUUAGAACACAACUCCAUCUAAAGAGCAAAGCACAUACUACAAAUGAAUUUUUAUAUUUGUCAGAUCUGGGUCUUUGGUAACAGUUUUUAAGCUAGGAACCUCACAGUAUAUUUCAAGUUAAUUUACUGAGUACAUAAAAAAUACAAGGUAGAGUACUAGGAAUAUAGAUAAGAGGAGUAAAAUGUAAGCCACAUCUCAAUUUUGGAAAGGACAUAGGAAUUCACAUAUUAAAUAUUUCACAACUAAACAAUACCAGGACACAUGAUUUCAGACACCAAGUUAAUGGUUUGGAGGAAAAGGAGGGGCAGUAUCUAUGCUUUAAUGGAUGGUUAGAUUUAGUUAUGUUGAAAAGAGAGUAGAUGAAUUCUAGCCAGGGAGAAAAGCACAAGAAAGAAUUUGAAAUGGAAUAGGCCACACAACACUGGGAAAGACAAUCUAGUUCAGGGCUCAUGUUUGGUAAGUUCUGGGUGUUAGGGUUAGACUGCCGGUAGGGAGCCUAACUCUAAAGAGCUAUGAAAAUCAGUCAUAGUGGAUAGGACUUUAUUAUGGGCAUGGUUAAGACCCAGUGAAGAUAUUUAAGAAAGGAAGUCAAGUGAUAAAUAAAUAGAAAGUUUAAUAUAGUAGAAAUACAUAAUGUAGAUUUGAUGGGGGGGAGAUAAAAUCAUUUAGGAGUCUAUUGUAAAAUAAUUUCAGAGUGCUGUGAUGAGGACCUGAAGAGAAAUCAUGGCAGGAAGUGAGAGCUUAAUUAGGGAUAUUCCCAAAUUGAGGAAACAAAUAUAACUUGGUGACUCAUUGAAUAUAUGAGACAUCCAUCAGAAAAAGAAAGCAAGAUGGGGUGCUUGGGUAGCUCAGUUGGUUAACUGACCGACUCUUGAUUUUGUUCAGGUCAUGAUCUUGGUGUCAUGAGAUCGAGCCCCACAUCAGGUUCCGCGUGCUCAGCAGGGAGUGUGCUGGAGAUUUUCUCUCUCCCUCUCCAUCUACCCUCCUCCCUGCUUGUACUCUUUCACUCUCUAAAAUAAAAAAAUAAAUCUUAUAAAAGCAAGAUCAGAAAUGACUAGGGAUUUCUUGGAGACUGUAAAAAUUACAUUUCAUUAUCAUGAACAAGAAGGGUAUUGAAAUCUUUUCAGGAGUACCUAUGGAAAGAUGAUUAAGGCAUGUUUAAUUACUGGGAAGUGAUAAAUUAUAGUUACCUACUCUAUACAUAUUGUGGAUUAUACAAUAAUCGCUUCCCUACUUUGGAUAUUCCACAGAUACUUUAUGGUAUUUAGUAAUAUAAUAAAUCAUUUCUCUAUAAUUUGGGAGAUGCAGUUUAGUCAUCCAUUUCAAUAUUUCCUCAAUAUAAACCUUGUUAGAUUAAGUUUUACCUGCAUUUUUCUCAGACUGGAAGAGACAGGACUAGGAUUGUCUAAAACUAACUUCCAUGUGAUCUUUGGGGCUCUUUCCUAAUAACCCCCUAUGUCAUUGACUGAUACAAUAUGAGAACUCAGUCACAGGAUAACAUCCUCUAUUAUCCCAAAAUAUUUUGUCCUUUUUAUUGUUACCCUUACCACUCUUGGUGAUAACUCAGAAGGAAUGGAGUCCAAAGAAAAAGUGAGAGUAAAUAAGUUAUAUUUUAAAAUAUUUCCAUCAUAAAAAGUAAGCCUCCACAUAGUUUCCUAUCACAUUGUUCACAUUUUUGUUGGAUUUCUUUCUUCCAUGUUUUUUGUUUUCAACAUAAGCAAAUAUUAAUAAAGGUGAAUAAGGAGAGAAUGAAUAAACCAUUUAAAAACUAGUUGAAAUAAUCCUAACCAUGGACAGUAGUCAAUGAUUCUUAAGAACACUAGUAGGAUGUGAAUCCCUUGGGAAUAUCUCUUGUUACCAGCUUAUUAAGCAGCUGACAAUUACUGAGUCCUUACUCUGUGUGAAACACUAUAAAUUAUAACACAAAAGUCUAUUUAAUCAAUUCAUUUAAACAAGUAUUUUUGAGCACAUAAUUGACAAAUUCUGUCUUUGUGCUCAUACACAUUAAGAUAUAGACAAAGAAAAAAUUAGGUAAUGAAAAUAAUAUAUAAUCAAGUUCUAAAUGUUUACAUUUUGGAAUAAUACAGAUUUAAAUAGAAUAGCAGUUGCCAUUCUCAGAAUGUGGAUUAUAGCAUUGAGGAAAAACUCAAAGCACAUAUUAUCAAAAACUGUUUCAAAAAAUUUGGAGAAUCUAAAAUUUAAUCUGGGAUGCAGCAGUUAGGGUAAACUAUCCUAAAUUAAAAUUUGCACAGAACUUUGAAUGGUAGCUUAAAUAAUUACAGCAAAAUCCUUUGGGAAAUAAAUUUUAAAUUUUGCUUUAUUUUUAGUUAUUCUAGAUUAGAAUUCUGGAUAUAGUCAGUGUUCAUCAAUGUACACAUACACACACAUACAUGCAUACAUAUAUCUGAAAGUGAUAUUUUGAAAUUGUUUAUUUUCAAAUGAAUUAGCAUGAAAAUAAAUGGCAUUAAGCUAAAUAAAAUUUUCAAAUGAAUUAGCAUGCAAAUAAAUGGCAUUAAGCUAAAUAAAAUCAUAUUAGACACAAAAGAAAACUUAAUUUUCUGAAAAAAAAAAAAACCCACAGACUUUAAUUAGAAAGUAAUUAUUUCAUGCAAGUACACUAGUUGAAAAGAAGGGUACAUAAAUUUAAUGUGAUAUUUAGGACUGAGAGCUGGAAUUCUGCGUGGAGAACCCUGAGAAUUCACCAAUCAUGUGGUAAGUGUCAGGGUAAUCAUCAAGCAAGCAUUUAAGAUUCUGAAUUAAAUAUAGGUAGCUUAAUACAUUUGGAAAGGGGAACAAAGUGCACCAUAGCAAAAUAAAACUCUAGGGACAAGCAACACUGUUUUCAAGAUGCAAAAUAACUACAAAUGGUAGCAAAAACAGACAUUUCAACUCUUCAAGCAUUCUAACUUUGGGAUAAAACCAAGAAAUUAUUAAUCUUUAUCAGGACCUAUUUCCCUUUCCUGUUUAUGCUGCAGUCAGUGUGAAACUACAUUACACUGGAUGUGGAAGAAAGUAGCUGGUCACAUGUUUGUUUACGAGGAAAUCAGCCAAAAUAGAGAGCUGAAAUGGAAAUUCCACAGGCAAUGACUCAGUUAAUAGAGCAGCAGUUUAUUCUAGGCUAUUUCCAAUUUUAGAUUAUGUGCUGCUGGAUGGAGUGAGUACUUUUUUCCUCUCAAUUCAUGUUGGCAUUCUAGUUAAUACUAAAUUUAGCACUUGGUGUUUCUAAGAAAUUUAGUAUUUUUCCCCGUAAAAUUACCUUAUGUUCCUGUGCUUCUUAGAGCUAAUUAUUAUUUUAUUUUUAAUUAUCAAUAGUAUCAAUAAAAAUUGUAUCAGAUGCCAUGAUGUAAGAAAAAAGAUGUCAUAGAUUUUUUUAUUGUCUCACUUUUCAAAGUGUUGUUGAUUAAGUAAAACUUAUUUUUCUCUUUUUGUUAUUAGAGGACUCACUUUCCCACUUGGGUAUGUCACUGUUGUUUAUGUAAUCUUGCUGAUUAAUCUUAUGUAUUUUAGAGCAUAUUAUAGUCCAUUUUUAGAAGACUGUCUACAACACUGAGUUUUUAGAUGAGACCCUAAAAAUUUGGUUGGCUUAUAUUUUAUUCAAUUUUUAUAGUGGGCAUUGGAUAGUCCUUUUCACUGCUUAAAUCUACUGAGUAUUGUAAAAACUCACUGCUCACAGGAUUUUUUUUUGCAAAAUGAUCCUGAUUGUCCUUCAAGACUUUAGAUCUCUUUUGGGGCAAAAAUUCGUCAAAGUUAAAGUGGUACCUGGAUUUAUAAAAAUCAUUGAGGAUUCUUCCCAAAAAUGGAAAUAAGAAAAUAAAAUUGAAACAACAACAGAGAAAGAAGUUAAUUUUGUUUUAUAGCCAAGUGUUUUGUUUUUUCCUAAGUGUCUUUGGUUGACAACAUCUGGAUAAAAGCACAAUGGCAAUUUUGAAACACACCUAGUAUUUUCCAAUUACAGUUAGUAAUAUAAAAAUUUCAAAUAGAUGUUAUUACAACAUUGGUCAUCUAUCUAAUACCAUCUGGCUUUCAGAAGUUUCAUGAAGAUAGUAAAAAGUAAAAAGUUUUCCAAAUUUAGACCUAUGAAAUGCCAAAAUGUGCUCAAAAUAGAUGUCAUUGAUUAUUUAACAUGGCAGAUAAUCUUGGUAGUUGGUGUUUUUAACUAUUUCUACCUCAAAUAUCCUUUGAAGUGGAUUAUUAGUUUUUAGGGUGUUCAGUUUUGUAAGUUUUUCUUAUAUAUUUUGAAUACUAACCCUUUAUCAGAUACAUCAUUUGCAAAUACCUUCUCCCAUGCCAUAGGUUGCAUUUUAGUUUUGUUGAUUAUUUCCUUUGCUGUGCAGAAGCUUUUAAUUUUGAUGAAGCCCCACUAGUUUAUAUUUACUUUUGCUUCCCUUGCCUUAGGGAAACCUAGAAAGAAGUUGCUAUUGACUAUGUUAAAGAAGUUAUUGCCUGUGUUCUCUUCUAGGAUUUUUAUGGUUUAAGGUCUCACAUUCAGAUUUUAAUCCAUUUUUAGUUUAUCUUUGUGAUAGUGUAAGAAAGUGGUCCAGUUUCAUUCUUUUGUAUGUUGCUGUCCAGGUUUCCCAACACCACUUAUUUGAGGAAAAUGUCUUUUUUCCCACUGGAUAUUCUUCAGUGAUUUGUUGAAGAUUAAUUGACCAUGCAGUUGUGGGUUCAUUUCUGUAUUUUCUAUUCUAUUCCAUUGAUAUAUAUGUCUGUUUUUGUGCCAGUACCAUACUAUUUUGAGUACUAUGGCUUUGUAGUAUAACUUGAAGUCCAGAAUUGUGAUGCCUCCAGCUUUUCUUUUUCUUUUUCAAGGUUGCUUUGGCUACUUGAGGUCUUUUGUGGUUUCAUACAAAUUUGGGAUGGUUUGUUAUAGGUCUGUGAAAAAUGCUGUUGGUAUUUUGAUAGGGAUUACAUUAAAUGUGUAGAUUGCCUUGGAUAGUAUAGACAUUUUAACAAUGUUUGUUCUUCCAAUCCAUGAGAAUGGAAUGUCUUUCCAUUUCUAUCCUUCAUCUUCAGUUUCUUUCAUCAGUGUUUUAUAAUUUUUCCCCCACUGGAAAAUAAUUUUCAGAGUACAGGUCUUCCAUCUCUUUGGUUAGGUUUAUUCUUAGGUAUCUUAUUGUUUUUGGUGUGAUUGUAAAUGGGAUUGAUUCUUUAAUUUCUCUUUCUGCUACUUCAUUAUUGGUAUAUAGAAAUGCAACAGAUUUCUGUAUGUUGAUUUUGUAUCCUGCAACUUUGCUGAAUUUAUCAGUUCUACCAGUUGUUUUUUGUUUUUUGUUUUUUGGGUUUUUUUGUUGGAAUCUUUUAGGUUUUCUAUAUAGAGUGUCAUGUCAUUUGCAAAUAGGGAAAGUUUUACUUCUUCCUUGCCAACUUGGAUGCCUUUUAUUUCUUUUUGUUGUCUGAUUGCUGAGGCUAGGACUUACAGUACUACGUUAAAUAAAAGUGGUGAGGGUGGACAUCCUUGUCUUGUUCCUGACUAUAGGGGAAACACUCAGUUUUUCCCCAUUGAGGAUGAUAUUAGCCAUGGGUUUUCCAUGGCUCUUGUUAUGUUGAGGUAUGUGCCCUCUAAUCCCACUGUGAUGAGGGUUUUUAACAUGAAUGGAUGUUGAACUUUGUCAAAUACUUUUUCUGCAUCUAUUGAAAUGAUCAUAUGGUUCUUAUCCUUUCCUUUAUUAAUGUAUGUAUCAUGUUGAUUGAUUUGUGGAUAUUGAAUUUGCAGACCAAGAAUAAAUCCCACUUCAUUGUGAUGAAUGAUUUUUUUAAUGUGUUCUUGGAUUCAGUUUGCUAUUAUGUUAUUGAUAAUUUUUGCAUCUAUAUUCAUCUGGGAUAUUGGCCUGUAGUUCUCUUUUUUAGUGUUGUGUUUAUCUGGUUUUGGUUUCAGGGUAAUGCUGGCUUCAUAGAAUGAAUUUGUAAGUUUCCCUUCCUUUUCAGUUUUUUGGAAUAGUUUGAGAAGAAUAGGUAUUAACUCUUCUUUAAAUGUUUGGUAUAAUUCACCUGUGAAGCCAUCUGGCCCUGGACUUUGGUUUGUUGCAAGGUUUUUUUGUUUUUGUUUUUAUUACGGAUACAAUUUUGUUGCCAGUUAUAGGUCUGCUCAAGUUUUCUAUUUCUUUCUGUUUCAGUUUUGGUAGUUUAUAUGUUUCUAGGAAUUUAUCAAUUUCUUCCAGGUGGUCCAAUUUGUUGUCAUAAUAUUUCUCUUAUAAUUGUUUGUAUUUCCGUGGUGUUGGUUAUUUCUCAUCUCUCAUUUGUGAUUUUAUCUGAAUCCUUUCUCUUUUUGAUAAAUAUGGGUAGGGGUUUAUCAAUUUUAUUAAUUUUUUCAAAAAACUAGCUCCUAGUUCCAUUGAUCUGUUCUAUUAGUUUUUUUUUCUUGUCUAUGUCAUUUAUUUCUGCUCUAAUCUUUAUUUUUUACUUCCUUCUGCUGGUUUUAGCUUUUGUUUGUUGUUCUUUUUCUAAUUCCCUUAGGUGUAAGGGUAGGUUGUUCAUUUGAGAUUUUUCUUGUAUCUUGAGAUAGGCCUGUAUUGCUAUAUACUUCCCUCUUAGGACCACCUUUGCUGCAUCCCAAAGGUUUUGGACCAUUGUGUUUUCAUUUUCAUUUGUUUCUUUGUACUUUUUUAUUACUUCUUUGACUUUCUGGUUGACGCAUUCAUUGUUUAGUAGCAUGUUCUUUAACCUCCAUAUAUUUGUGCUCUUUCCAAUCUUUUUCUUGUAGUUGACUUCUAGUUUCAUAGCUUUAUGGUUAGAGGAGAUGUGUGGUAUGAUUUUCUUGAAUUUGUUGAGGCUUGUUUUGUAGGCUACUAUGUGAUCUGUUCUGGAGAAUGUUCCGUAUGCACUUGAAAAGAAUGUGUAUUCUGCUGCUUUAGGAUGGCAUGUUCUGAAUAUAUCUGCUAAAUCCAUCUGGUCCAGUGUGCCAUUCAAAGCUAUUGUUUCCUUCUUGAUUUUCUGUUUAAAUGAUCUGUCCAUUGAUGUAAGUGGGGUGUUAAAGUCCCCUGUUAUUAUUGUAUAAUUAUCAAUUAGAUCCUUUAUGUUUGUUAUAACUGUUUUAUGUAUUUUGGUGCUCCUAUGUAGGGUGCGUAAAUAUUUACAAUUGUUUUAUCUUCUUGUUGGAUUGUCCCCUUUAUUAUUAUAUAGUGUUCUUUUUUGUCUCUUCUCAUAGUCUUUGUUUUAAGGUCUACUUUCUUUGACCCAAGAAGAUGGUGGUGGAAUAGAACCCUAGGUUCACCUGGUCCCAAUAAUACAACUAGAUUACUAUCAGUCAUCCUAAAUACCCCAGAAAUCAGCCUGAAGCAUAACAGAGCAACCACAGGGAGAGAAGAGGCCAUAUCAAAGAAGGUAGAAAGUUUGGAGACAUGGUUUAGUUGAGAAAAGGAUUGUGGAUGCUGCAAAGAGGAGGGAGCUGUGGUCACAAUGAAGGAUGAGAGAAUGAGAAGGGAGCACACAGGGGAAUGCACAAGGAGAACAUUUCCCCAUAGCCACUGGCUGGGAAAAUGAGAGGGGCUGAAUUUUGUGAGUUUUUGCACCCAGUGAGGCUUAAAUCCUGGAAACAGUCCUAUGGGAUGCAGAAAGAUAUUUGCAAAUGGCAAAUCCAAGAAAGGACUAGUAUCUACAACAUAUAAAGAAUUUAGAAAACUCAACACCCAAAAAAACAAAUAACCCAAUUAAGAAAUGGGCAGAAGACAUCAACAGGCAUUUCUCCAAAGAAGACAUACAAAUGGCCAACAGACACAAGAAAAGAUGCUCAACACCCCUUAUCAUCAGGGAAAUGCAAAUCAAAACUACAAGGACAUAUCACCUCACACCUGUCAAAAUGGCUAAAAUCAACAGCACAAGAAACAACCAAUAUUGGUGAGGAAGUGGAGAAAGGGAAACCCUCUUGCAAUGUUGGUGGGAAUGCAAACUUGUGUAGCCACUGUGGUAAAUAGUAUGGAGGUUCCUCAAAAAGUUAACAAUAGAACUACCCUAUAAUCCAGUAACUGCACUACUUGGAAUUUUCCUCAAAGAAUACAAAAAUACUAAUUCAAAGGGAUAUAUGCACCCCAAUAUUUAUAGCAGCAUUAUCUCCAAUAGCCAAAUUAUGGAAAUAGCCCAAGUGUCCAUGGAAUGAUGAAUGGAUAAAGAUGUGGUAUAUAUAUAUGAUGGAAUAUUACUCAGCCAUAUAAAAAUGAAAUUUUGCUAUUUGCAAGUACAUGAAUGAAGCUAGAAAUUGUUAUGCUAAGUGAAAUAAGUCAGUCAGAGAAAGACAAAUACCAUUUGAUUUCACUGAUAUGUGGCAAUUAAGAAACAAAACAAAUGAGCAAAGGGACAAAAAGAGAGAGGCAAACAAAGAAACAUACUCUUAACUUUAGAAAGCAAAUUGAUGGUGACCAGAUGGGAGGUGGGUGGGGGGAUAGGUUCAAUAGGUGAUCAGGAUUAAAGAGUGCACUUGUUGUGAUGAUCACAGAAUGUUGUAUGGAAGUGUUGAAUCACUAUAUUGUACACCCGAAACUAAUAUUACAUUGUAUGUUAACUAACUGGAAUUCAAAUAAAAACUUAAAAAAUAAAGUCUACUUUGUUUGAUAUAAGUUUGCUACUUAGCUUUCUUUUAACAUCCAUUUGCAUGACAGGUGUUUCUCCAUCCCCUCACUUUCAAUCUGCAGGUAUCCUUAGGUCUGAAAUGAGUUGUAGGCAGCAUAGAGAUGAGUCUUGUUUUUUUUUUUUUAAUCCAUUCUGUCACCCUAUUUUUUUUUAAGAUUUUAUUUAUUUAUUUGACUGAGAGAGAGUACAUAGGCGGGGGAGUCGCAGGCAGAGGCAGAGGGAGAAGCAGGCUCCCCGCAGAGCAGGGGGAGCCCGAUGCGGGACUCGAUCCCAAGAUCCCGGGAUCAUGACCGGAGCCAAAGGCAGUCGCUUAACCAGCUGGAGCCACCCAGGCACCCUCAUCCUAUAUUCUUUGACUGGAGCAUUUAAUCCAUUUACAUUCAAAGUAAUUAUUGAAAGAUAUGUAUUUAUUUUAUCAUUUUAGUUUUUUGUGCUCGUUUCUGAAGAUUUUUUCUGAUCCUUUCUUAUCUUUCUUUCACUGCUGAUUUUCUUUAGUGAUAUAUUUGGAUUUCUUUCUCUCUUUUCUUUGCACGUUUAUUAGUGGGUUGUGAUAUAUUGUUACCAUUAGGUUUGUAUAUAACCUCGUCUGCAUAUAGCAGUCUACAUUAAGUUGCUGAUCUUUUAAGUUUGCUGGUUCAUGUGAUUUAUGUAAA